AUGUUUUUUGAAUUUUUCAAUGAUGAUGUUGGUGGUUCAACAACUCUUUCUACAAAUAUUUGGACACAUGUAGCUUGUGUAUAUGAUAUAAGUACUAAUACUAAAAUGAUUUAUUUAAAUGGAGUAUUAGAUGGAAGUACAACUACAGGUAGUUCAUAUCAAGGAACAACUGGAUCGAUGUAUAUUGGAGAGAUAGCUUCUGGUGGAUCUGUCAAUCCUUUAUCUGGUUAUAUUGAUCAAGUAACAAUAAGUAAUCGAGCAAAAACAGCAUGUGAAAUAUUAAAUGAUGUAACACUUGUUUCUUAUUUUUCAUUUGACAAUGUUACAACUGAUUCUGGACCAAAUACUCUUUCAAGUUAUAUAACAUUACAAAGUAAUAGUGGUGUAUCAUUUGUUACUGGUCGUGUUGGUCAAGCAUUAAUAUUAUCAAGAACAAAUGCUUUUUUUCAAACUUGUGGUUAUUACUGGUUUGGUCAUAAUAAUCGAGCAUUUUCAUUUGCAUUAUGGAUUUAUCCAAUAUCUGUUGCAGGUACAAUUCUUCAUUUAUCUUCCGACCGAUCAGGUUCAGGUAGUUGGUGUUUACCUAAACUUGGUUUUUCAUCAAAUGGAUCAAUUGUUGCACAAUCAUGGAGUGGUUCAUGUGUUGUAUCUGUUGUUGGUCCUCAAAUUCCGACUAAUAAUUGGACACAUAUCGUACAAACAUGGAGUAGUACAAGUCAGAGGUCCAAACAGGCCAACUUCAUGUAG